AUGCGGUUUCACCUUGCAUUAUUCCCCCUCGCUGCAAGCGCAGUGAACAUCAUCUCAUCGAAUGAUGAUGGCUGGGCGGAAGCGAACCUCCGCGCUCUGUUUGAGUCGCUCGGAGGCGCAGGGCACUCGGUUGUAGUGUCUGCCCCCGCAGAAAACCAGAGCGGCAUGGGGUCAAAACAAGGAACCCCGACCCCCUUGACCGGCCCGUGCGAGUUCAACAGCUGCCCAGCUGGUAGCCCGGCAAUAGGAUUUAAUGCUUCGGAGCCGCGACUCGGUUGGGUAAACAGCUACCCAGCGACGUCGAUGAAAGAGGGCAUAAACGGUCGCGCCCCGCAGUUCUUCAACGGGCGUCCGGAUCUCGCCGUCGCCGGCCCAAACGUCGGCAACAACAUUGGCUUCGCAGUCUAUCUCUCCGGCACAGUCGGCGCUACCGUCUACGCUGCUCAAGCUGGAAUCCCCGCGAUCGCCUUUUCCGGUGCCUCCGGUUCGCAGACGGCAUGGAACGUCUCGCGGCCCCACUACAGCAAUGUUUAUGCCGAUUUGGCAACUAAUUUAACUAACCAGCUCGUUGCUGCUGGGACGCCAUACUUACCCAACAGCAUCUGGCUGAAUGUUAACUUUGGCGCUGUGUCGGAUAGCGCGUGUACGAAACCGGAGGAAUUUUCUUUCGUGUUGUCUCGCAUUCACGUCGCGAUUCCGUUUAUUACCCCGGAUGAUGUGACUACGUGUGGUCGUUCCAGGUUGCCGACUGAGUUUGAGGUGUUGCUAACGCCUGGGUGCCAUGCGAGUAUCUCGGUCGGGAUGGCCGAUACGAAAGGCGAUGCCAAUGCGACGACGCAGGGGAUUGUUCUAAAGAAACUCGACAGUUUGCUGAGUUGUCUUUAG